AUCAUCUAUGCGUAUGCAUCUAUUGAGAAGCAUAUUGCAACACUCUACAUUGGUGGUUAUUGCGCCGGCGAGCAGUGGGGCAGUAGAACACGUAAUCGUCUUCGUCAAGCCGAAGCUGCAUUACUGCACGAAGCGGUUUCAGUGUGUGAUGCUUUGGCACCUGCGGAUUUCCUCUUACACUCCUUAUUGGGCCGCAACGAUGGACAGCUCUACAAACAUCUUGCCGAAUACCUCGGGAUGAACUCUCCAAAUUCGUCUGAUAAACGAUAA